GAAUAUUAAAAAUAAUAAGAGCGGGAAACAUAAAAGUGAAGUAGCAUAAAAGGUUAUGAACAAAAGUUUUGAAAACCUAUUACAAAGCAGCGGCGACGGCGGCGACAUGUCCUCCGAACGUCAGUCGUCAGAGGAUGUACAUGAAUCCACAGAGGAUGCAGGCUUGGAUGUUGGUGAUGAUUUUAACGAUGACAACAACUUCGAAUCGAAUCUCAGGAGGCGCAAAGGCAAAAUUAUAUCCUGCGCCAAGGAAACGAUUGAAAAUGCUUCCCGCCAAUUACGCCGAAAAGUACCAUAUGCUGGGCACCUAAUGACCCCACGCCGCCUCUGGUUAAAUAAAAUACCAACACAAUGUGAUGUUGUCAUUGAGUUUCCGCAAGAUGCGCCCGAUGAGGCGCUACGGUGGCUUUUGGCACGACUACGGUCUCAACCACCAUCGGGACUAGGUUUGGUGGUACAAGUGAAGGCUCAUGAAAGUACGCGACGGAACGCGUUCUACGUCAGUGCACCAACAAAUGUUUUAUUUAAAGCCGCCGAAGAAGCACGUCUACCGAAACGAUUACGUCCUGAUCUAGGAGGUGCCUUACGUGAAUUCACGACACGCGAAAGCCAUUGUUUUCAACAGCUAAAAACCGAAGAUGGGAACAGUGCACUUUUCACCUCACAAGAACGCCAAUGGCUUGUUUUGCAGGUAUUACAAGGCCUCCGUGCCAGUCAGACGGACAUUGAGGCGUUACAUGGACGUGCCGCUGUGGCUGAAGGACAAAGCAUUGUGGCCGCCUGGCAAGAGACCGGCCUAAUUGUGCAGGUGUUCCCAUUACACGAAACGCGCUCGUUGGCACUGCUACAAAAUAGUUGGGUGAAACAAAUUUUUUCUUCGCAACCACUUGACGACAUUGCAGAGUACUUUGGUGUUAAAGUGGCGUUGUACUUUGCUUGGCUGGGUCAUUACACGUGCGCCUUAGGAGUUCCAGCCGUAUUUGGAACAAUAUUGUACGCGUCUCUAUGGGGUAAAGGACAAACAGCGCAGGAUAUGGGACACGUUAUUUUUUCCCUAUUCAAUGUUGCAUGGGCUUCGCUGUAUUUGGAAGCAUGGAAACGAUACUCCGUGGAAUUGGCAUUUCGUUGGGGCACCUUAUCGACACCACCAGAAUUACUUGAACCCCCUAGACCGCUUUAUAAGGGUACUUUAGUAGAAAAUAACGUAACUGGACGUCUAGAACCAAAGGAAGCUCCCGCGUGGAAACGUCGUGCUUUUCGUUAUUUAGUUAGUUUUCCUGUCAUUGGGAUGUGUUUGGCUCUGGUUUUUGUAGUUAUGUUCCUGAUGUUACGUUUCCAGGAUUGGCUGGAUCACAAUAACAUACCUGAUAGAGGAAUUGCUCAAUGCAUGUAUAAUUUGCACAAGGAUUGGUGGGAUUCCAAACUUCCGGAAGAAAGCAUUCUAUGUUGUUUAAGUGUAAUACCGAAGAUUUUAUUGGCGGGUGCAAUAACAUUAAUGGACGAGGCAUAUUAUAAACUGGCUGUAUGGCUGAAUGAUCACGAGAACUAUCGCCUUCAGUCUAAAUACGAAAAUCAUCUUAUAGCAAAAGUUGCACUUUUCCAAUUUGUCAACUCCUUUUUGUCAUUAUUCUAUAUUGCCUUUUACUUACGGGAUGAGGAUAAACUAAAAGAACAACUGGCAGGUUUACUAAUUUCACGUCAAAUUAUUGGCAACCUCCGCGAAUCGGCAAUACCUUACUUCAUUGAGCAGUGGAAACUUGCCAAGUUGAGCUUUAACAUGUGGGGCGCAUUAAGUCCUACACAGGAUAUCAAUCGCACCAUAAUGGACUCUGGAGAUGUAACGGCAACAACGACUACGGCAGCGACUACAGAGGAAAAACUUAAAAUGGGCAUACCACAACAGACACCUACGAAACAUGAAGCAAGUACUCCACAUCUGGAAACGAGUUUGACAGGAACAACAACAUCAGCGAGCAAACGAAACAUUGGACAAGCGGAAAUAGAGAGUACUCUGUACAAAUACGAUGGCACAUUUUCCGAUCAUUUAGAGAUGCUGGUGCAGAUGGGUUACGUAGUUCUUUUUUCAGCAGCGUUUCCACUUGCCGGCAUAUGUGCUCUAAUUAACAAUUUUAUGGAGAUACGUUCGGAUGCUUUUAAGUUGGCGCAUGUGCACCAACGACCUUUCGGGCAGCGUGUGGCCAACAUUGGAACAUGGCAAAAUGCAUUUAGUAUUCUGUCAUUGGCUGCAGUCAUAGUUAAUUGUGCGUUGAUUGGACUAUCUGGGCAAGUCUCACGUUUGUGGCCAGGCCUAACGACCGCCCAAACAAUUAUCUUAAUUGUCACAUUGGAGCAUAUUAUGUUGGGGUUGCGUUCUGCACUGACAUGGCUACUGCCAGAAUUGCCGUUUUGGUUGGCGGCAGAAAUUGCACGCGCCGAACAUUGUCGUAGAGAGAUGCAAUGCAAAGGAACUUCCCCGCGGCCUACGCCACCGACCCCGACGUCGACUACUUCCACACAGCCGGAUCAGGAAGCUUCAAACUUAGAGGGCACUACUACUAGUGAACAAUCGAUAGAAAAUCAAAUGGCUGAGGAUAUUUUUUAUCAGAAACAGUUACGCCAAACUACUAACUAUCCACAAAUAGAUGAAAUCACCAAUUUUGGCCUACAACGCAAUAUCGAAGCAGAUGUGAACAUAUUCGAGAAUCGCGACUCAUCUCCAGAUUCGCCACCAUCACAAACGAGCACCAUACUGAUAAGACCUUUACAUGAAUCAACACCUCCUAACAGUGGAUCGUCCGCGACAAGUUUAAUACAAGAUAGCGGUCAUGGACAUGCCGGCGCAUGUAAAAGUUGUAAGCUGAAAAUGAAAAAAGCGGAAAUACCCCCAUUUCAUGGAUAUUCAGUUCGUAAUUUAAGCUCAAUUCAAGCUAAUCAAAGAUUGCACGCUUUUUCAGGAACUUCUCUAAGCAGUGCAAGCACCUUGGCAUUAAAUAUUACCCGCCAGCCCAUACAUAUUCCAGAAAUACCGCCAUUCCGGAAAAAAUCAAGUGACUCCGCUGAACAUACUGGUAGCAGUGCUAGCAGUAGUCCACAGCGUUCCAGGCAGCCGCUUAUUUCAACACCUCCACCCAUUUUGCAGCAUCAACCCACAAAAAUAGCGGAAAUACCACCUUAUAAACAACGUAAAAUUUCCGCUGAAAGUGCCACACAUUUACAUAUGAGUGAUAAACUAAUGCUUAAGUCACAUGCACCCGAGUGGAUGUCUCGCUUGAAGGUCAGCGAUAAUAUAAACUUGCAUAGGAGUAUAGAUUGCAUAGCAAAGGAGUUACAAAGUAAUAUAGAUACAACGGAUAUUUUAAAGCCCGCACCGUCUUGGAGUAACGUCGCAAUAAAGUCCCCAUCACAGCAGCAAGUAGCUGCUUCUUCAUCUUCGUCGUCUGCUGGUGGUGGUAGUGCUGGUAGUGCUAGCGGCAUUGGAGGAAGCAUUGGCAUUACUGGUCGUGCAUUCGACAGUAGCCGGCCUAGUAUGGGCGCCAUUUCCACAACAUCGACGUCAUCGAAGAAAAUUACUGACAACAUAAAAGACUCCGCUUCAACAGAUUUGGGCACAAACAGAGGUAGCACGAGCGGUGUGGGUGCAGGAAGCACAACACAGAGUGGCAGUGCAGACGACGAGGCGAGAGCAGCGGAGAUUGCAGCCAAAAAGUCGCGUUUAAAGCAAAAGCUGGUAAAAAGUGCGAGAUCGGUUGGCAUUUUCUCACUGAAGCUGAAAGAGCGGCGGCAGCGUGAAGCGGAGAAGGCUGCAAAUAUUGCCAUUGAACAUGCCAAGGCUUUGGCUAAAUUACCACCCAUACCGCAACCAGGCGGUGAGCUGUCAUUGAUACCGAUUGAACAACUAAUACAAAUAGAAGAUAUAAAACCGACAACAAAACCACUACCCACCACUUUGUCAACAACAACGGCGUCAGCGCCGACAUCCUCGUCCGGUGCAGUGACCUCACCACAAAUAGUGACACCAUCAUCAAGCGCAUUGGCGGCGGCGAUGCAGCAAUUCCAGAGUUCGGGAAAUCACUGAAUAGUAAAUUUUGGAUGCGAAUUCUCACGCGAUACUAACUAAUGCGAUAAACAUACAAUAUUACAAGCAUACUUACAAUUGUAAAUACCUAACUACAUAUAAAAUACGAGUACUACAACAUUUUUGAAAUUUUCAUACAAAAAUACUCGAAUAUGUUCAAAUACGUGUAUUGAUAGCUACAAAUGUCCAUUGAAAACCUUCAUAUUCCAAAAAUCUUGCAAUAUUAAGCACAAAUGCAAUACACUAAUACUAGCAUACAUUCAAAUAUAUACAUACCUAUAUAUACAUACGCAGUUUACAACUACAUUUUGCACUCUGAAAUGGUUUUACAAAUUUUAAAGCUUCUUUAAAAUCACUCAGUUUUAGCAUAAAUAUAUGUAGGUGUAAAUGCUUAUGAACAAAAACAAAUAAAUGCAUCAACGAUGUUUCUAAUUAUUUAGUGUUCGUUACAUGCAAAUCUAAGUCAAUUCACUUAUUUAUUUAAUGAUAAUCUAGAAAUACAACAUUUUUUACACACUAUUAAGCACAUGAAAGCUUUGCGAUUAAAUUUUAUUUAAACAAUUUAUUUAGAAGUAAUUUAAACUAAUUUAAAGAAGAAACAUCCAAAACUAAAAAAAAUUGAGAUCAAAUUAAGUUCUCUGAAGGCUCUAAGCAUGGGAGCAUAAUAGGCAUAAGUAGUCGUGAUUCGCUCUAAAAACAAAAAAAUAUUAUGAUUCCGAACAUUUUUUAUGGAAUGUGAAACUAAAUGCGCCCAAGAAGAGGUGGAGAGUCAAUCGCACCACUUGUGAUAUCAAAAAAGAGAGAGAGUGAAAGAGUGGUUCCUCCCUUUUACAAAGAUUUUAAAAUAUUCAGUAAAAAUCUCGAAACCGAUCCCUCCAUGGUUAACAAAAUUCAACCGAAAAAUCAUGCUUCAAAUGGAUGGUCUUAUUGCAACUACUAUAUUUUUAUCUGAUUUCCUACACCGUGGAAGUUAACCGAUUUUAGCGUCCUGCGUUCGCACAACAAGAACAGAAGAAGUAGGAGGGGCAGAUAAUAAUAAUCAAGGAUGAUAGAUAUACCAGGUUUGCCCUUCAGCUAUAAAAAAAGAAAGUUGAGCGAGUAAUGAAAAGAAAGCGUGCGUCCCCAGGUACUCGACAGUCGAAUUCUGCCCGCUCAUUUCACACGUAUUCACACACUCGUCCAAUCAGUUGUUGUUCAGACGCCAUCGAAGUAAAAUGAGCGAAAACUGUGUUGAUUUUUUUCGUAUAUAACCAACUCAAUCUCAGUUUUUUAUUCAUUUAUUUAAGCAAAUCGCUGUCAUAACCCCAGUACCUUAAGCCCACCAGCUGAUUCUGUCAAAUUCGCUGAGAGCCGGUUAACGGUCGAAUAUUGGCCACGCCUUCUGAAUUUUAUUCACCAUGAUAAUAAUCAACUUAA